UAACUCCUACGAAACGAUGGUCCCAUUGCACCCUGUCCCAGGCUCACCUUUAGAACCUCUUCGAUCAGGUAUUAAGUCGUGCAGUCUGGAAGUUAAGGUGUUUGUGUCAGAACCCUUGCUGAGUGCAUCCCAGAUCUCAGGCGGCAACCUGCUGACGGUCACCCUGGAGGCAGCCUAUGCCGUGCCCGAGGCCUUCCUCCCCACGGGGCCCCUGCAGAACUACAUGGUCGGCCUGCAGGUGCCCUCAGCCGGAGAGAAAGAUUAUCCCAUCUUGUUCAAGAAUGGAACACUGAAGCUAGGAGGGGAAAAAGAGCCUGUUCCCCGCCCCAAAAAAUGGCCCAUUGCCAACAUUCUGGCCCCGGGAGCCAACUUCAUCCCCGAUGCCUUCAUCGUCGGCGGAGCCUAUGAAGGAGAGGAAGGAGAGCUCAACCACCCUGAGGACCGGGAAUUCAGGAACCAAGCAGAAUGUGUGAAGAAAAGGAUCGUCUGGGACCUGGAGAGUCGCUGCUACCUGGAUCCUUCUGCUGUGGUCAGUUUUCAGAAGCGAAUUGCUGAUUGUCGACUGUGGCCAGUAGAAAUCACAAGAAUUCCUCUGGUGGCAGUCCCCAAAGCGAAAGCAGCCAAAUUUGAAAAGUCUGAAGAAGACAGUCAACUUUCAUACCAUGGAGUAGCUUAUGUUAAUAUGGUUCCGCUGCUGUAUCCGGGCGUAAAGAGAAUUCGGGGUGCUUUUCGUGUUUACCCUUACCUAGACAGUACGGUCUAUGAGAAGACCAAGUGCAUCUCCAGCUUGUUUCGGGACACAGCCCAUUUGAUUCAGAACAAUAAAGCAGGAGGCGUUAAUUCUCCUGUGGUUAAACCACUUGUUGCAAAGAUUCCAAAAGAAGAGAAGACCACCAAGGAAAAGGAAGAAGGACGGCUGCGACCUGGUGAUGCGGCUCCUAGUAUAAAAUCUCAGAGCUCGGACACUCCUUUGGAAGUUGAACCCUCACUUUCUCACAAUCCGGAAGGACAGCAAUAUGUAGAAGCAGGAACAUACAUGGUGUUGGAGUUUCAGCUGGACAAAGCCUUGGUUCCAAAGCGAAUGCCAGAGGAGCUGGCCAGAAGGGUCAGGGAAAUGAUUCCUCCAAGGCCACCUCUUACCCGUCGAGCUGGGGGAGCGCAGAAGGCAAUCAAUGACUAUCACGCACAGAUCCAGAGCAUCUCGAGGGCUAUCCUGGAGGAGUACCAUGCUAUGUUCGGCAAAGAGGCGGCCAAGCAGGGCAACAACAUUGACCCCGUAGUCCUGGAGGAGCAGAAGUGCCAGCUCAAUUAUGAGCUUAACUUUUCCGGAAAGUAUUUCGCUUUCAAAGAACAACUCAAGCACGCGGUGGUGAAGGUGGUGAGGGAGAAAUACCUGAGGACCACAGCCUUUGAGAGCCAGGAGGAGCUGCAGACGUUCAUCAGCGAGCUCUACGUGUUCCUGGUGGACCAGAUGCACUUGGCCUUGAACCAGACCAUGCCAGACGAUAUCCAAGGCACUGUUCCAACUAUACAUACAAGCAUUGAUCAGCUUCGACUCUUUGCAUUUGAAGCACAAGUCAACGAGAACUAUGAAGUGGCCAGAAUGUACCAUGAAGAGCGGUUGGUUCGGGAACCCCAGACCUUGGAACACUGGCUGGACUAUGGUGCUUUCUGCCUCCUCAUUGAGGACACCAUCAAAGCCCAGGAAUGUUUCCGUAAAGCUCUUUCUCUCAACCAGAACCAUAUCCAAAGCCUGUUGCUCUGUGGUAUCUUAGCCGUCAUGUUGGAGAACUUCGAGCAGGCGGAAAUUUUCUUUGAGGAUGCUACUUGCAGAGAACCAACUAACGUCGUAGCUUGGACUUUACUUGGUUUGUUCUAUGAAAUUCAGCACAAUGAUAUUCGCAUGGAGAUGGCAUUUCAUGAGGCAUCCAAGCAGCUCCAGUCUCGGCAACAUCAGGGUCGAGUAAUGAAGCAGAGCACAGUCACAGUCGACUACGAGGAUGGAGGAAAUGAGUCCAGCAGUGGGCCCUGGGGAGUUGGCAGCACCUCCUCCGCAGCAGCGCUCAGGGUGGAAGGCACAGCAGGACCUCCAGCUCAAAUACCGAAUGUGGAUGAAUUUAUUGAAGACACUUCCAAAUUGCAGUAUGAUUCAAUGCAAGAACCCGCUUUACCUGUUCAAUCUCAGGAUCCAACACUUGUUCAAAAAUCAUCUAACAAUGUCAAAGAGGUGGUAGGAAAAAGAGAAGCACCAAAAUACCAAGAUUCAUCCAUUCUACUGCACACCACCCCUUAUGGCAUCUCCCAAACCACCACCAUCUUCAUGGAGACUAUCCGCUUCCUGAUGAAGGUCAAUGCUGUGCAGUUUGUACACAGGGUACUUGCGCACGAGCUGCUGUGCCCGCAAGGAGGACCCAGCUCAGAGUAUUACUUGGUGCUGGCCCAAACACAUCUUCUGAGAAAGGACUUCGCCCAAGCUGAAGAGUGCUUGCAGCAAGCAGCCCAGUUGGACUAUCUGAACCCAAACGUCUGGGGCAUCAAGGGCCACCUCUACUUUCUAAGGGGGAACCAGGCCGAGGCCAAGGCAUGCUAUGAACGAACCAUUAGUUUUGUGGUGGAUGCCUCUGACAUGCACUUCAUUUUUCUGCGGCUGGGCCACAUCUAUCUGGAGGAGAAGGAGUUUGAAAAGGCCAAGAGGACUUACAUGCAGGCCUGCAAGCGCUCGCCUUCCUGCCUGACCUGGCUGGGGCUAGGCAUCGCCUGUUAUCGGCUGGAAGAGCUCACAGAGGCAGAGGACGCACUGUCUGAAGCCAAUGCACUGAACAACUACAACGCUGAAGUAUGGGCCUACUUGGCGCUGGUCUGCCUGAAGGCUAACCGGCAGCUGGAGGCUGAGCAAGCCUACAAGUACACCUUAAAGUUAAAUCUGAAGGAUGAGGCUCUGCUUGCAGAGAUCCACAUGGUACAGGAAGCUGUUGGCUUUGGAAAUCCUUCUUUCUGACUGUCUUUCAGCUGAAGAAUUUACUGUCUGGGAUUUUGGGAUCCUUUCAUUUCCCCGGAAAACUAAACCCUGAAAGUGACAUCAUAUUGAGACUAGGAAAUGGGACACACUAGCCAAGAGGAGAUAAAAUGAGAACUUCCCAAACCACAGUAUUUGUAUACACUCC